CAUGUGGACGCAGGUGUAUCCUUAGCCUCAGCCUAAAUGGGGGGCUGCCUGAGCAGGCAGGGCAGAGACAGGGCCCCCAGAAGCAGGUGGGAAAAAUGGCAGAGCCUCUAGGCGGAAAGAGACCUCCCGAAUCACCUACUUGGCCCAUCAUCUGUCCGAAGCUUGGCUCCCUCUGCCUCUGGAGUACCUCCCGCGGUGGGGAGUCCGCUGCUUCAUCCCGCCCCAGGCCAGCCGCCCUUCUCUGCUGAUUUGGCCUCUGCCUCUUUGAGCCCCAAGUCUUCACUUCUCAAAGCCAGGCUCUUCCAGUCUCUCCGGCUCUCUCUCCUAAAACUGUACCCUCAGCUGGGCUCCAGCUUUCAAUCUAAAGGUGGAACAGAUGUAACCCAAUCUCCCCAUGGUAUCAGCCAGCUACCUCCCCCGCUUUAGGCGCCCUGCCUCUGUUAAUGUGGCCCAAAUGAGACCACAUUACCUGGAAACUCACCCUGCCCUUCUGUAACUGGAUCCCCGACCCUCACACACACGACUGAGGGGCCACAGGGCCCUUCGGUGUGUAUGUGGGGGAACGGCACUUACUGUUUAGAUCCCGCAAAGGACCUUGCCUUUUUUACUUGCCGCAUUUCUUCUUCCUUAAUUCAGUCUGGCCUGUGGAGUUUCUCUGCACCCCCAGCUCUGUGACACUGGCUUGCUGUCCCUGUCAUGUCAGGAGUCAGCCCUGUGCUUCUCACCCGAGGCACACGAACUACCUGCGCCUCUCCCGUCCGGUGUGGGCCCGUGAACCAGUCCUCCUUGGAGGACGCGUCCCAGGGCACAUCCAGCCCCGUUUUGUCAGAUGCCCCGCGGGAAGCCAGACAAGCUGCCUCAGCUCCCAGCCCGGAUCCACUCAGCAAUGACCCUGCCAAAAGAGGGAGUGAGGUCAGGCUGAGGGGUCCUGUUCUCGGUGACACCUCUCUGGCCUCUGGUGGCCGCUGUGUCCUCCGCCAGGUGCUCAGAGCCCGGCCUGUAAUUCUGACACCAAGCCCUAGGCUGACACCCUGGGAUCUGCCUGGCCCAGCCUCUGAGCGAAGAGGACCGUGGGCGUCUCUCUCCGCCUUUGGGCCCCUCCGCCCAGCCCCCUCUGGGAUUCUCCACGCUCGCCAGCCUGCUUCGUGCUUUGGCUCCUCUGUCCAGUGGGGAGCCCGAGGCUGCUCCAAAGUGUCCUGUGCUCUUCCCCAGGGCUGCCAGCCGGGCGAGGCAGCUCAGCCUGGCCCUGCCUCCUUGUACCACAUGAACUCCCACAGGGAUCUCGGCCGCUGUUCUUGGUUUUCUGCAACCUUAGCCCACCUGGGCGCUGUACCCUCUCUUGUCCUGGGCCACCAGUGGUCCCUUAGGCAGCCACACUGGUUUCUUGAGAGAUGCUCCCCUUCCUCCUCUUGCGCUCACAUGGUCCAAAUUAUGCUGGGGGUGCUUGGGGCAGGCCCGGGGCAGCACCCCCCCCAGCCCCCAGGGGCCCUGGUCCUUCUCUACCAGACUCUUACAGUCAGAAGGAAGCUCAGAAAUGGGCAUCUGGUCCACUCCCUUUAUCCUAGCUUGGAAAGCCCGGCCUGGGAGAGGAGAGGGAGAAGGGGCACCAUGCCACCCCCUCAUCUUCUUGGUCUGGUGAAUGGCCUCGAGGUCGGGGGGCAUCAUCUGUCUUUCCAGCCCAUCUGGGGCCUCACAACCUCCCAAGUCCAGCCCAGGCUCUGCCCUCUCUGUGCACUGCUCCUGGCGGGGCGCUGGUUCAUAGACGCCCACACUCACGUCCCACGGAUGGUCAAAGCCGAAGAGACUUCAGAGUGUCCCGUGGGCCAGAGACGGCCCAUCAGCCAUGGUCAGGUGACUGCCGUGUGCUGCGGCUCCCUGUCCUCUGUUCCCUCAGGCUCCCCCAAACAUCCGCUGUCCACCCUGCCCAGUGGUCGGCGGUCAGGGUCACCCCGCAGAAGCGUGCAGAGGCAAGCAGGCUCGCUGGAGUCUGGGGCAAGGUGGGAUAAGCAGGCUCUGCCCGCCGCAUGUGGGAGGAAGUGCAGCCUUCACCGGGGGCGCGGUGAGCAGCCAGGAGCACUCGUGGUGGCUGGGAUGGGAAGCCCAAGGGAAGAGGGAGGUCAAGUUCUGGCCCAGAGGAAGAGGCAGAAAGUGUGAGGUGGGCAGGGGGAG